CGCCGGCUCUCCGGGUCAUGGCGCUGACGCGCGCCGAGCGCUGCCUGGUGCAGCUGCUGCGCUGCCUGUCGCUCGCCUUCCUGGCGCUGCUCAGCCUGGCUGGGCGCGUCUCCUGCGUGCUGCGCUGGAAGGCGAAGGGCGCCCGCGGCUCUGGCCCGCCGCGCACCGUCCCGCCGCCCAACCGGGCGCUGCUGGUUCUGCCCGGCGUGGAGCUGGCGCGGCGCAUCCGCCGCAGAGAGCUGAAGUGUGUCGAUCUCCUUGAAGCAUACAUUGAGAGAAUCAAGCAAGUGAACCCACUCAUCAAUGCCAUUGUUAAAGACAGGUUUGAGGCCGCCUUGCAGGAAGCUCAGAUCGUUGAUCAGCUGGUGUCCGAGGGACAGGAAGAUGAAGAGUCGCUCCAGAAAAAAUUCCCCUUGCUGGGCGUUCCCAUCACCAUUAAGGAAGCUAUUUCAUUACAUGGAAUGCCCAAUAGCUCUGGGUUGGUUAACCGCCGUGACGUGAUCUCCACGGCGGAUGCUGUCGUGGUAUCCCGGUUAAAGCAAGCGGGCGCUAUUCCUCUGGGGGUGACCAACUGCAGCGAGCUGUGCAUGUGGUUUGAGUCCAGCAACCUGGUGUACGGCCGAUCUAACAACCCCUACAACCUUGGCUGCAUGGUGGGAGGCAGCUCAGGAGGUGAAGGGUGCAUCUUAGCAGCUGCUGGUUCGGUGAUGGGGAUCGGCUCAGACAUUGGGGGCAGUAUCCGUAUGCCUGCCUUCUUCAAUGGGAUUUUUGGACACAAGCCCACCACAGGUGUGGUGCCCAACAGUGGCCAAUUCCCUAAUGCUAUAGGCACCCGUACCAAGUUCCUGUGCACUGGACCCAUGUGUCGUUAUGCUGAAGACCUAGAACUCAUGUUGAGAGUCAUGGCUGGACCAAGCAUUUCCAAACUGAAGCUGGAUGACAAGGUAUCCUUGCAGAAUAUAAAGUUCUAUUCUAUGGAACAUGAUGGAGGGUCCAUUUUCAUCCUCCCGGUCGAUAAAGAGAUUCUUCAAGCUCAUCGGAAAGUGGUAAUGCACAUAGAGACUGACCUGGGGGCUAAAGUUGAGAGUGUGGCCAUCCGCAAAAUGAAGUAUUCCUUCCAGAUAUGGUCAGCCAUGAUGUCUUCCAAGAGCAGUGAUGGUCAGGAAAAUCAAACCUUCACUGAUUUGCUCGGAGACCACGGGAAGCCAGUGUGGCCAUCGUGGGAGCUGGUGAAAUGGAUGAUGAGAAUGUCUUCUCAUACAUUACCAGCCAUUGCACUAGGAAUAACGGAGAAGCUGACAAAAUACAAUGCCAGGAGGAAUGCUAAGCUAGCAAGCAUGGCACAGAGCCUGCAAGCAGAGAUGGUGGAAUUAUUAGGGGAGAAUGGUGUCUUCUUAUACCCUUCGCACCCUGUACUAGCUCCCAAGCAUCACAUGCCCCUGGGGAUGCCAUUCAAUUUUGCCUACACAGCCAUCUUCAAUAUUCUGGGCUUACCAGUGACCCAGUGUCCUCUCGGCUUGAGCAAGGAUGGACUUCCUUUAGGCAUCCAGGUGGUGGCAGGACCCCAUAAUGACCACUUGACCUUGGCUGUGGCACGAUACUUGGAGAAGGCGUUUGGAGGCUGGGUUCCCCCUGGCCCAUCCUAAUGUGUUCCCUGGGACCUGGAGGCAAAAGAAGCAGGACGCUACCCCCUCUGAGAAGUCUAGGGCUAGGUGUCUGUGCCUGACGUUUCGAAGGGCCAUGUCACCUUUCCUCACCUAUGCAACCCAAGGGAAUACACAUGGGGUAAUGAACUUGUUCACUAAGUUAGAUAAUGUCUCCCAUGCAAGCAAAGCCCAAAGAAUGAAGGAGUCAGCUGGCUCUUCUCUUUGACUCCCCUGCUAGAUUCAUGGGAAGAUGCUGUCUCAGGGAAAGCAAGACUGGGAGCCAUGUUUAUGGGAUGCGUGAGAUGGUCUUUUUUGGCCCUUUUGCUUUGUUUUGGACCACAACAUUGGUAGAGUAGGGUGUGGUGUCCCUUGCUUCUAUAUUUUUUUGCUGCUUAGAAAUCAACUUAGACCAAGAAGAUUUUAUAGAAUUGCAUUCCUCUGUUAGAAAGAACAGGAGAAACUAAGGUUCCCAGGUCCCUCUCCAUUUGCACAAAAAAUGAGAAACAGCCCUGGGAUCAGACACCUGAGCUUUGCGUCACCUUUUCAUGGACUUCUGCUCAAGUGAGGGUUGAUGUCAGUGUUUUUCAACCUUGGCCACUUUCAGAUGUGUGGACUUCAACUCCCAGAAUUCUCCAGCC